AGAAAGAUAUCGAGAUCCUCCAUCAGCGGCAUCCAUUUAGUCACUCUUCAACAACUAUCCUGACUUCCCAACUGGACAUAGCGACGAUCGACUGCGAGGGAUUUUACACUACGCAAGGGAUGAGUGUAGCCCGGGUAUCCGUGUGCGAUGGAGAUGGAAAAGUUGUAUUCGAUGAACUGGUGCGGCCUGAUGAAGGGGUGUCUAUCAUGGCUCAAGAGUUCCUGGGACGUUCCAUCCAAACCGGUGGAGAAAUAGCUGGCCAUUCAUCUGCGGAGGAUGCUUUAGCUACUCUAGAUCUCGUUAAGUAUUACGUCCAGAAUAGAAAAGGGAAAGAACAGCAGAAAUUGAAGUGA